GUACCACGACAUGCCUGAUGUAAUCGACUUCCUGGUUCUGCGGCAGCAGUUUGACAACGCCAGAAAGAGGCAGUGGAGUAUCGGUGACAGGUUUCGGUCAGUGAUUGAUGACGCCUGGUGGUUUGGGACCAUCGAGAGCCAGGAGCCGUACCAGCCUCAGUAUCCCGACAGCCUGUUUCAGUGCUACAACGUCUGCUGGGAUAAUGGAGACACAGAGAAGAUGAGUCCUUGGGACAUGGAGCCCAUCCCUGACGAUG